UUGAAACGGUUGUGUUUGCUUGAUUGCUGUGACAGCAGGGUUGAAUUCCCGUACGGUACAGGUGGUUAUUGCUCUCCGUAGAUCAGUGUGCGUGCGUGACAGCACAAAGCAAAGGGAAGAAAAUUAAACAAAGGUGGAAGCGAGCAUUCGAAACGCGUACAGGACAUGCAACCCGCUUGGAACAGGCUGCUGAGGCACGGCAAUUUACGAGAAUUCAACUAACUAGACCCGAGGUGUAUACUGCAGAAUUCGUGACCUACGGAAAUGUUUCGACGCAGUCAACCGAUGUCAGGUUCGUCAACGUCAUCCCCGGUACGUGAUGCAGGGAAUAAAACUGCGGACGGCUCGAGACGCGACAGCAAGGAUGUGAUGCACAUGGUAUACAUGCCGGUGGAAAUAAAUCAAAUCAAGGAGGAAGUACCCAACCACGACAUACAGGCCGAUUCAGAAGUAUCGCUGGACGCGCACAGCACGCUGGCCCAGGUGCUGGAGGACUUUUCCAACGACGAAGCUCCGCAUGAGCCGGAAAUCGAAAUUAAAACCAGUUCGCGUUCGCUGGUCGAACCGUUCCGGAAGGCUGCCGGAAACCCACAGAAGAUCAUCCAGAUUCAGAUGGGCAAUCUGUCCUACCUGACGGAUCAGAUGUUCAAACCGGCCCAGGCGAAUUUGCUCACCAAGGACAUGCUGGAGCAGAAGAUCACGGAGAAGGAUCCGGAUUUGGUCUACCGGAAGCAUCACAACAAUAACAGCACUUGGGCCAGGUACAUGCCAAUGUACUACAAAGGCGUCAAACAGAAUUACGUUCGCUGUCUGGAAUGUGGCUGGCUGGUACUGCACAAAGCUAGUACCGGAACCGGUUCUCUACUUCGGCAUAAGUGUAAGAUUAAGCUUCCCUCCGGAGUGGAGGUCAAAAUUGAACAACAGCCGGCUUCCAACCGAAAUUUGCCGGCAAAAGCAUCGGCAGCAGUAGGACCGACGCAAUCCAACGCCGUCAAGUUUCAAACUACCCAAAUGCCACAAAACGUAAUCGACGAUCUGAUCCGACAGCAGGCCUGUUUCCUAUACAAAGAUCUCAGCAGCGUCGACAUGUUCGAUAGCCAAAAUUUUCGAACUUUUGCUCAAAUGUUGGUUAACAUUGGAGUAUUCUACGGUCAGCAGGACAUUGGAUUUCUGGCCGAUAGAGAAAAACUCCUAGAACAUGCCAUUCCAUCGAUCUACCAGCAAGCAAAAUGCCAAUUAAACCAAGCCUUGCAAGACUGUGAUCUAAGCUACAGCUUCAGCAAGUUUAGAAACGAAGCUGAGCAGAAAACCUACGUCACAAUAAACUCCUACACCAUCGCGGAAGACUAUUAUUUUCGCAAAAUCAAUGUUAAGACUGUACUCGUGGAUGAACUGAAGACUUUCGUCGAUGAAUUCCGGACCAUUGUGUCCACAACGCUGGACAAAGAACAGACUGAACCUCUCAAACUUGUAUACGGCUCGAAGCUGCUGGAUAGUGCUGGUACGGACGAUUUUGAACCGAUACCGUGUGUAGUGACUGCUCUCUGGGAAGUAAUGAGAACCGUUAUGAAUGUGGCCAAACUGGACAGUAAACUCUACCUAGAGAGAGUAUUCGUCCGAGAUGAUAAUGAAGCUGCUACGGAAGAGGAUCCGACGUGGAAAAUAAUGGCUCCGUUCAAGGAGCCCAUUAAUAGCUUAAUUUCGGACAGUAAUGUGACCAUCAGUGAGGUUGUCCUGUGGAAGAAAAAGCUUGAAAAGUGCUUCCGACUGGAGGAGGGUGAUGACGACGAAACAAAGACUGUUAAAGAAGCAUUCCAAAUGCAGCUUAGGCAAAGCCUAAAGCUGCACGAUUAUCAUAAAAUUGCGGUAUUUCUAGAUCCGAAGUUCAAAGGACUUCGUUUUCUUACUGACGAGGAACGCACGGAGACGCUCGCAAUAGUAAAGCAGCAGUUACGACGGGACCGGGAUGGCAUCGAACAGCUCAAAAAGCUGUACAGUUGUGGUAAGACCGACAGCAGCGAAAUUCGAAAGGAAACGAAAUUCUACGAGUACAUGGACGCGUCUCUGGAGGUCGAGUCCGCCGACGUAGUGGACGACGAAAUUCGGCAGUACGUGAACAUCAAGCUGGAAACGCCGAUGGACAUCCUGGGCUAUUGGCGCAACGAAAAUGCAUUCCCCCUGCUGAAGAAGCUCUGCCAGCGGGUGCUGAACAUUCCGGCGGCCUGUGACGACAUGAAGCAGCUGUUCGGUCGAACCGAACAGCAGCGGGAUUUCGCGAAGAAACGGGCCGUACUGCGGCACGAUGAAAUCGAUAUGAUGCUGUACUUGAAUCAGAACGGGCCGUGAAUAAAAAAAAGACUUGAAAUG